GGUCCGACAUGUGCAAUGCUAGUAGCCCGUGGACUCAUCUCGGAAUCCGAAGAGUUCACCAUCGUAUUCAUGACGAACUAGGCAACAGGCGCUUCCAUCCGCGUUAUCCCACGUGGGAUGGGACAAGCUCGAGCCCUGGGUGCGGCGAUCCGGAUACCAGCCGGGUGUGCCUUCUCUUACGAGGCCUUAUCCGGAUCCCUAAAUCGCAGCUCAUCCAAUGACCUGGCACAGAGCAGAUUGUCUUCCCAAGCUCGGGCUUGUGACUUGGCCUGGUUUCUGUGGGGAAGAGCAAAGAUAUCCACUGAUAUCCACCAUGGAUUGCGAUGACCUCGGAUUAUCGGGACGCGGGCGAUUCCCGGACAUGAACUGCCAACUGUAUGUACACCACGAUUGCACCACCUCAGGACACCGCAGGCCGUCACUAUCCCUUCACUGCUGCAUACGAAUCGCGGUGAUCGAGUUAUCGGGGCGAGCCUUUCGCACGCACCUACCGCAGGGCCGCUUCUGGAAAGCUGGAACAUCGCCCUUGGGCUCUCACCGCUAUAGACGAGGGUUCAGACCCUCGGAACCUGAGCCUGUCCUGUAUUGAGACGGCCUACGGCAAGAUGGCCCGACUCCGAGUCCGUCUCCCCAAGACGUGAUAGAGCUGCGAUUCCGCGACAGCCGCUGUCCACCUAGCCUGUCAGUGGAUUCAGGAACAUUCCAACGAAUGUUGACGCGCAGGGCGCUCAGUGGGUACUCUUGACAAGCUCUCGCAACUCAUACACGCGCAUCAGGGGCGCUCCCGGACAUUAAGCCAUCCACCCUUGUGCUUGCUUGUUUUGGCCCUGGAUUGGGUUUGCGCAGUGCGAGAUGGCGAAGAGCGUGAGGAUCCCCUCACAGCGCGCACAGGAAUGCCUAGCGAUUAUGAACAAAGCUCAGCAGGAAGGGUCCUCUGGUUGCUAAUGUACCUGCGCGAUAUUACGUUCCUGAAAUUUGGUGGCGACGUCGGUGAAGGUAUAACGUCGAUCAGAAGCUCGACUCAGUCGUCCACUAUCAGAAUGGAGCGUCGUUUACUCGGCAUAUGUCAUAGCAAACACUUCAUAAGGCUCGGAGCAAGUCUAUACGUUCCUCACAUGUGGGAACCACGGGCACGGCGACGGCGCUGCGGCAGCGGUUGGCGGCGAAAGUG